GUGAAAGUCCACAACAGAGCAGAGCAUCAAGGAAGGAUCCUGAGGAGUCCUAUCCUGGUGAAAGUCCAGAGAACUUCAGCCACCUUCACAGCCACCAUGGGAGAGAAUGCUGGUGCUGAUCAGGUCAAGAAGAGUCUGCUUCAGCUGAGCUGUCACUUCACGUGGAGCUUGUUCUUUGAAGACGCCGAUAUUCCUGAUUUGGAAAUGAGAAUAUCAGAGCAGGUCGAGUUCCUAGACAUCAAGGGGCCAGUGGGGAUGCACAACCUCCUGGCCUACGUAAGACAUCUGAAAGGCCAGAAUGAGGAAGCCCUGCAGAGCCUGAGAGAAGCAGAAGCCUUGGCCAGGAGAGAGCAGUUGGGCAAGAGAAGUGUGGUGACCUGGGGCAACUGUGCCUGGGUGCAUUACCACAUGGGCAGCUUGGCAGAAGCCCAGAGCUACCUGGACAAGGUGGAGAAAACUUGCAAGGAAUUUGCAAGUCCCUUCCGCUACAGGAUGGAGUGUGCUGAGAUGCACUGUGAGGAAGGUUGGGCCUUGCUGAAGUGUGGAGGACAGAAUUAUAGACGAGCCCUGGCCUGCUUCACAAAAGCUCUGGAAGCUGAGCCUGAAAACCCCGAAUACAACACUGGCUAUGCUGUAGCUGCCUAUCGUCAAGACUUUGAUGAUAAUAAUAUUUCUCUGGGACCCCUGAGGAAGGCUGUCAUGUUAAAUCCAGCAGAUCCAUACAUUAAAGUUUAUCUUGCCCUGAAACUUCAGGACACAGGAGACACAGAUGAAGCAGAAAGACACAUUGAAGAAGCCCUCAGCAGCACAUCCUGUCAAACCUAUGUCUUUCGUUAUGCAGCCAAGUAUUACCGAAGGAAAGGCUGCAUAGACAAAGCUCUCCAACUCCUACGCAAGGCCUUGCAGACAUCACCUAACUCUGGCUACCUGCAUUUCCAAAUAGGGCUCUGCUACAGGCAACAAAUGAUCCAACUGAAGACAUCCAGAAACACACUCUCCAGAAGGCAGGGCAGCAUGCAGGAAAUGGCCCAACUGGCCAUUUGUGAAUUUCAGAAGACUGUGGAACUGAGGCCCACGUUUGAUGUAGUUUAUGUUUGCAUGGCUGAAGUGCACGCAGAAAUUCACCAAUAUGAAGAAGCUGAGGCAAAUUUCCAGAUAGCACUGAACAUGCAGAACCUUACAGGUCACAGAAAACAAGACAUCCAUCUACGCUACGGCCGUUAUCAGCAAUUUCAUCAAAAAUCAGAAGACAAGGCAAUCACCCACUACUUAAAAGGUCUAAAAAUAGAAGAAAAGUCCUAUGCCUGGAGGAAACUACUCAUAGCUUUGGAGAAAGUGGCUGAAAGACGGGUUCAGCAGAAUGUUCGACCAGUGGAGAGCAUCAGCCUCCUUGGGUUAGUCCACAAACUGAAAGGGAACAUGCCUGAGGCCCUGCUGUACUACGAGAAGGCUCUGAGACUCACUAGGGAGAUGAACCCUGAGUUCUGAAUGCAGAUCACCUCUGCGAAGAUAAUGUACUCAUCACUGAGAUUCCAUUCCCACUAACUGACUGUUUUCCCCAGAACUGCAUUCUUGCUGGAAUCCAAGUACCUAAAUUCAUUGGCUCCUGCCACCUCUUUCUCACCCUUAUUGUCCUGUCUAGAAGGAACUUCUGUCCCCACUACACCUGCUCACUUAAGGACCAGGACUGACUCCUGCUGUUCUCAAUGCUUUGAGUCCUGUCAUAAACAUUUUUCCUUAUAUCUAUGAUGUUAGAAGAAAGUGUUCAUCCUCUCCCUGCCAGUGUCCUGGACAAAAAAGUCUUUUCCAUUCAGAAUUCAAUUUUGAUCAUCAGGAACUCUUACUACAGUACAACCUCAGAGCAAAAGAUUUGAGCAAAGGAGAGCGUUUGAAAGCAGGAGAGCUCUCACAUUCCUGGACACCCAUUCACAGCUAACGAGAGACUUAAGU